AUGAUGUGUAGUAAACUAUUUCUACUGUUCGCAGUAGUGUUCGUUUCCGUCAUCUGUUUGGCCUCUGCUGGCGACAAAGUAACAGAAGCUGAUGGUAAAAAGAGUACGAAGAAAACCACAUUUGAUGAGAAGAAAAAAGACGCUUAUGAGAAAGUCAAAUAUGACCGUGAAGACUACGAUGAUGAAAUAGAUGAUAGCUAUUCGCCAAGAUCAUCUUUUGCUCAUAAUCGAUUUGUAUCGCAUGAUCAGCCCGAAGGUAAUUAUCGAACACGUUCACGCUGGUCGCCUUCGACAACAUCAGGUUUAUCACACUCAUUACCAACAUUACCAUUUACUAUCGGAGAGUUCCCCGAAGAGGAUGAAUGGUCUUCAGAUGGCUAUGAAAGUGCUUUUCCAUCCGCACCAUCGGUAUCACCAGCCUAUUCAUAUAACAUGCAACGAAUGCCACAAAAUAGUCCAACAUGCAGUUCAUUAAUCGAUCCACAAUUUCCAAUCUUUUCGGAUACAUGCGGUGCUGUUCCACAAGCUCGUUACAGCUUACCGAAUGUAUUUGGCCAUCGUGACAAAUGGCAAAUUGCUCAACUUUUAAAUGUUCUAGCAAGUACAACAACCGAUCCAACUUGCAGUCGAUCAACUCGUCUUCUCUUAUGUCCAAUUCUCUUUCCAUCAUGCCCAACACGUCAUCAACCGACACCUGUUCUUCCAUGUCAAUCGUUCUGCCGAGCAAUCAAAUCUCGUUGUGCUUCACCUCUACUUGAAAGUCUUCCAUGUGAAAUCCUUCCACACACAUCUGAACUUUGCCCAAGCACACAAGGAUACAGUCAAUUCCCAUCUCAACGAGCAUAUUCUCAUAAUAUGCCAUCACCACUACCAGUAGCUAGUGGACUCCCAUCACCAUUACAACUCUCAGCUUUACAAUCAUUUUUAUCAUCACCAGCUUUACAAACAGCCAUGACCACACAAGGCUUUCCAAAUGGCUUAAAUCAACAAACUCUUCAAGCUGCAUUAGCUGCUCAAGCUUUUCCAGGUCUCUUUCAAGCACAACCUGCCCAAGCAGUUCCAGUACAAGCACCAACAGUAGCCCCUGUUCCUAUUACAACGCCACCCCCACCCCCACCAGCACCAGUAACACCACCUAUGAGUGUCUAUCACAAUAUGCAAUUUCCAACUGACACCAUUUCAGCAAUGCUUGGUGAACUUCCACCACGAACAUUAGGUAGUGACUAUCGACCAGCACCACGAUAUGGAUCAGGAUCACGUUCUUCACACGACUUACGUAUGCCAUCCAGUGCACGUUCUUCAUCCAUGCUUAAAGCUUAG